GUGGCGGGAUCCAAAAAAACCCAGACCAGUCCAUCAGAACAUGUAAGCGGAUUGCCAUUAAAGGAGAUAAUCCGGUGGAGAGGGGCGCUACAUGUGUAUAAAGAUCUAUCACAGAGACAAUGUCUUUGUCUGAACGAGGGGAGAAUAGAAAGUCUCGCCAUUCACUGCCGCAGUCCAUUGUCACAGGCAUACAUGUGUAUCUGUAACCAUUGAUCUGGGGCAUUAGCACCUUGUCUCAUCGGCCAUAAACCUGACCAAGGGCCUUCGCUGAAAACCGAGUCAGUGGAUUUAUUGGGCAGUCCAAUCAGAGCCUCCUGUAUGGGCUAUCUGGCCAGAGUCAGUGCAGCAGGCAGAAAGAACACACACACACACAGCCAAAUGUCUGUCAACAGGCUGAACAGUUUGGAAGACUCAGUUUGCCCUCACAAUCUGAACCCCUGUUAUCAGCGAAUCAUUGCUUCACUCCUGGGGGAGAAUCUCAAGCUGAAGUUCUCCAGGGUCUAUUUUCUGCUCUUUCCGCAGCUCAUGGCACUGAGGGAAUUGUAUGCGAGUCCUGGCCAAUCUGAGAGUCUGCAGGGACUGUUCAAGGGAAUCAUAAAGGUCGCUGUUCAGCACGCUGACACUCAGACAUGUGAGAUUCAUAUGCUGAUUCUCAGGGCUCUGCCUUCCGUCGCCGUAAGGAGAUUUCCUCUCUGCUGAGCAGGAUUUCAUGUAUUGACAUACAUUUUAAAUCGUGGACACUAGAACUGCACACAGGAUUCCAGCAGUGGUCGCAUCAGUGCCAAAUACAGAGGCACCUUGAGCAUUUCUGAGCCUGAUUGACACAUCCACCACCUCAUGGCAGCUUUCAACCUCACCCCCUCUGACCCUUCAACAUUCAUCCUAACGGGCAUCCCUGGCCUGGAAUCUGCCCACAUCUGGAUUUCCAUCCCGUUCUUUACGCUCUAUAUUAUUGGCCUGUUGGGAAAUUUCAUGGUUCUGUUUGUUGUGGGCAAAGAGCAGACCCUGCACAAGCCGAUGUACCUGUUGCUCUGCAUGCUGGCACUCACAGAAAUCGGCACAUCUACCUCUGUUGUGCUGAAGGCCCUUUGUAUAUUUUGGUUUAAUUUGAAAGGUAUUACUUUGGGUGGCUGUCUCACCCAGAUGUUCUUCUUUCAUGCAGGUACUGUGAUGCACUCAGCCAUACUCGUGACAAUGGCGUUUGAUCGUUACGUUGCCAUAUGUAACCCUCUGAGAUACGCCACCAUCCUCACCAAUGCACGGAUAGCUCAGCUAGGGCUAGUGGGUUUGAUAAGAGCUGUUCUCUUUGUUCUGCCCCUGCCCCUGCUCCUGAGCAGGCAGCCAUUCUGUGCCAACCGCAUUAUCCCCCAUACAUUCUGCGACCACAUGGCUGUUGCAAAAAUGUCUUGUGGGGACAUCACAGUAAACAGGAUGUAUGGCUUGGUGAUACCAUUUGUAGUCAACAUGUUAGACCUGACACUCAUUGGCCUCUCCUAUGGUCUGAUCAUCAGGGCUGUCCUCAGAAUCUCCUCUAAGAAAGCCCACCGGAAAGCCCUCAACACCUGCACAGCCCACAUCUGUGUGAUGCUGAUGUCCUAUCCUUCCUUCUUCUUCUCCACUCUGACACACCGGUUCGAUCAGGGCAUCGCUCCCCAUGUUCACAUCAUCUUGGCCAACCUCUAUUUCCUCCUCCCCACCAUGCUCAACCCUAUCAUUUAUGGCGUCAAAAGCAAAGAGCUUCUUGAGAAAGUGGGCAAAUACACCUGCAGAAUGUGCUCACCUGGGGACCACUGACUUUAAACCUGCGUGACAAGAGGGGGAAAGAAUACUUCCUUGUUAAUCAAGGGCACUCUGUCCCAGUUUGGCUGACCUCAACAUUGUGGAAGUUUGCAGUCUGAGAAGCUCUUCAAACUUAACAUCACUCCAUCACCAAGCACUGCUCUCUCCGUUGCUGAGUUCCCUCUCUCUGACCAUCACCUGAUCUCUUUCAGCAUCACCCAUCAGCUCCCAUCUCCGCACAUCCUGUCACUUGUCUUUUCUGUGACUUCCACACCACCAGAAGAUUCUUCAGCUUGCUGAAGCAAGGCGACUUUCCAUUAGACCCUUUGUGAACAACUUUCUUGAUCAGUUUGAUGAACUGAAGCUACGCUUUCUGAUAGCCAAAGACUAAGAAAGCAACUACAAUGCUGAACUUCUUUGUCAUAUGUACAGAGAUUCGGUGACCUAAAUUUGCCUCAUUUUCCUUCAUCCAAUCUUCAGGAAAUCAGGAGGUAAACCAAUUUUUUCAUUGGAAAAUGCUAAUACAGGAAAGCUGCUGCAGGAACUGAGGACAUUCUACUAGAGCUUAUUGGUGAGAGUUGUGAAACUGUGUGUUUUUGAGAACUGGACUGUGUUACCCUGUAUUUGAGGGAUGUGUAUCCCAGAGAAUGAUCAAGCCAAUUGCAACCAUAUGAUGUGCACCCAGCCACUAUGAAUUAAUAAAGUAGAACACCACAUAGUUCAGGGUUAAUUGGAAAGCAGGCUUUUAAAUGCAAGGUCAACAUUUAGCUGGCAGUUUCUGCUAAUCAGAAUGGGAGGAGUGGACAGACAAAUAGAUAAGUGAGAAUGAAAGCAGAUAAGUGGAUGAAAACCUUCAGUCUGGAUGCCUCUGAUAUUGGACGUUUAUUGAAAGUUAGGAAAAGUGAUGAUUGAGUAGGGGUCAAUAUGACCUAUGUUUUAUGUAGAAGUUAUACAGGAUUAGCUAAUUCAGUGUAGUUUGGAGAAGUCCUCUGAAACCAUCUUGAAAGACCUUUUUCCUGACACCCUUUCUCCCUGGCUGGUGAGCAACUGGCCACUGAGAACAUGCUGUUAAUUACUCAAUACCAUUCCAGCUG